UUUGCGUAAAUAUUUAAGUACAGAGAACAAGUUUGCGGGUGCUCUCGGGUAAAUAAACAAAAAAGUGUACACAAAUGUCCCGAUCCCCUGCUUAGACUCAGCGAUUUCGUUGGGCAAGUAAAACAGUUUAUUAAGCGCUGAACAGCAGAGGGCUGACCAAAAAGCGGGUGUGGACAUAUUUACAUACAUAUGUAUGUUUGUCGCAUUGAUGUACCUAUGUACAUAUUUACUUUAGUACAUGUGAACACAAGCGCGCUGCUAAGUGUCGAGGACAGAAAGUGGUACAACCACACUGUGGUGCUUAGAUACGAGUAUCUACGUAGAAUUGCGCCAACUGAUAGCGAAUCGAAAGCGCAAUGCGAUUGUGUGCCUCCGAUUAGCAGUUACCGCACAACAGUAGGAUACAGAGGAGGCGUCACACGUCAAACGCUCACUGCUCGGUUUUUAAUAAAGAGCCAGCCAGGCCUAUCGACGUGCGUUACUGCGAAACACCAAAACCAUGCCCGACAACAGCAGCAAAUUUAACCCUGAUGCACAAUUGGAUAUCCCCAAGUGGAUAAACGUGAAGUACUUUGAGAAAAUACUCCACAAAGAGGAUGAAAACUUUCAAAAAAUCUUGAAACUUGCAGUAAUUCCGGCCACACCGCCCGGCGAGAACUACACAUCGCUCAUGAUGCGCAUACUAAUGGAUAUAGAACUAAAAGAUGGAUACACCCAACAAAAGGCGUAUAUCGUCAAAACAACGCUGGACGACGACAAGGGCGGUACACUCAUCAACGCAUUAAAUCUCUUUCCGAAAGAGAAGCUUAUGUAUGAACGCAUUUUGCCAGAGUUGGAGCAACUCUACCAUGACCUCGACAAGAAAGUGAAAUUCGCUGCCAACUGUCAAUGGAUCGAGCAGAAAUCCAGCCGCACCACUAUUGUGCUCGAGGACUUGAACACGAAGAAAUUCCGAAACAUCAACCGGCUUCAAGGCUUCGAUAUGCUGCACAUGAAGCGAGUACUUGAAAAGCUCGCCGAGUUCCAUGCAGCGACCGUCAUGUGGCAUGAGAAGCACGGCGCGUUCCCAGUCGAGUUCCAGAAGACUUAUCUACCUGCCAACUAUCAAAAAUCGAAAUCUUAUCAAGCGCGCGUGCAAAGCUUUAAGGCAGCGAUGGCGACGUGGGGCCUAGAUGACUAUGACAAAUAUGUGGAACGCAUUCCAAAUGCCGAGCAGUUCGUUAACGCAGCCAUGAGCUGCUUCAGGUCUGACCCCAGUGAAUUUAAGGUGCUGAAUCAUGGAGAUUUCUGGUCCAGCAAUAUUAUGCUGAACUACACUUCCAGUGGCGAGGUGAACCAGAUCCGCUUUGUGGACUUCCAACUAUGCAGAUGGGGCAGCCCAGCACAAGAUCUAUGGGAGCUAAUCGUCUGCUCGGUGGUGAGCAAUCUGCGCAUUUGGGAAUUCGACCACUUCGUUCGAAUAUAUCACACCCACCUACUCAAGUGCUUAAAGUUACUAAACUACGAGAAAGCGGUGCCCAAACUAAGCGAACUACAUAUCAGCAUGUUAAAGCACGGCUUCUGGGGCUACAGCACAACGUUCACACAUUUAGUUCUAAUACUGCUGCCGUCAGAUAAAGACGCCAGCCUGCUCAAGCUAAUCCAGCCCGGUGAAGAGGGGGACAGGUUUCGACACAAAGCUUAUACAAAUCCGCUAUAUGUGCGAGCCAUGCUAGAUAUUUUGCCGUUUUUGUAUAGGCGAGGAAUUCUGGAUUUUCACCCCACAAGCAACGAUUCAGCUACACAUCGACGGCCGGCCACUUAUCGCAAGGGAGUUCAGUUUAAUCAGAUCUACUUUCGCUUCUACUCUGCUGUCGCAAUGGGAACGGGUGCAAAAAACUACCAGCCCCCAGAAUGGAUUACAGCUGAGUUUCUGCAGGAUGUGCUAAAGGAAUAUUUCAAGGACGACACUUUGGAGGUGCGCGAGAUUGUGGUGAAGAGUGCAUUGGGCGGGGCGAAUGUGGGCAGCGGCUACGCUAGCGAAAUGCACCGCGCCACUUUUAACUUGGCGCGGAAAGACGGCACCGGCCGCUUCUCCGUGAUUAUCAAAGAUCACCCUAAGGGCUACACUGGCGUCGUCGCACACAAGAGCAAACUGUUCAAGCGCGAGAUUGUGGCCUACAAAGAAAUUUUGCCCCGCGUUGAGGAGUUGCUUGCCUCCAUUGGUGACAAGACGAAAAUUGCUCCCGCCUGUUACUAUACCACCGAGACUCCUGAGCCAUUCCUUGUGCUGGAGGAUAUGCAACUAACAGGUUUUGAAAACUUUGAAAAGGGCCGCUUGCUUAACCUGGACUACACCCUGCCGGCCAUCGAGAGAUUGGCAAAGCUCCAUGCGUGUUCUGCUGUUAUAGCCAAAGAGACGCCUGAAGUUUUGGAGAUCUUCCACGAAGCACCUAUUUCUAGGAAUCCAGAUCGCAAGGAUUUCCUUGGCUUUUUUCCAGUGAACAUACGCUGCGUAGCUGAGGAGCUGACACAUUGGAAGGGCUACGAGGAGAUCACUGAAAAAAUGUUUAAAUUGGCCGAAACUGUGCUUCAGAAUGCACUGCAAAUGUACGAAUCCCACGACCAAGGCUUCCGCGUUUUCAAUUCCGCUGAUUUGUGGAUUGACAAUUUGAUGUUCCAUAUAAACAAUGACACAAAGGAACCCGAUGAGGUGGUUUUGUUAGAUUUCCAGCUGUCGUACUAUGGUUCACCGGCAGUGGAUCUGAACUAUUUCCUCUUCGGCUCACUUAACGAGAAUGUACGGAAAGUGCAUUUCAAAUAUAUAGUGCGUGAAUACCAUCGAAUUUUGAAAGAAACGCUGGAGAAGCUCCACUACGACGGCGAGAUACCGACGUUGAAGGACAUAAAUAUCGAGCUUAUAAAGAACAGCCUGCAAGGAGUCAUCGCCGCCACUUGUCUCACUCCACUUAUCUUAAUGGAGUCAACGGGAGAUGAAAAAUUGGAAAACCUUACCACGCGCACUGAAGAAGGUGACCAAAUGCGACGCCAAAAUGUAGAAAAUCCAAAAUAUCGCGCGUUUCUCCAGCGUACAGUGAAAGAAUUCGAGCUCUGUGGCUUUUUAGAUGCUUGAAUGGGCAUACAUUAAUAUGUAUUAACUAUAUGGUAUUUGUUAGAUAAGCCAAUCUAUUAUUAUUAUAUAUGUAUGUACGAGAAAAGUUGGUGGAAAGAAGUAUACUUCGGGCUAACGUGCGUCCCCCAAUAUUUUUAAAAUUAUUCAAAUUUUCGGUGGGGCAUAUAAAUAAUAUAUACAUAAUUGUUCAAUUAACCCUUCUUUGAUAACCAUACUGAAAGUUGCUGAGAAGAUAACCAUAAGUCUGAGGGACGUAUCAUGGUUUCCUUGAGGGUUAUAAAAAAAAAAACAAAAACAAAUAUUUUUAUGUGUUUGGCCAAGCAUAUCCUCCAAUUUGUGAUGCGCGU